GACUCCCGCUAGUUUCUUCUCAGCAAUAGCUUUCCAGAUGAGUGUCGCACACCCCUCCGUACAAAUGACAAACAGUAGGGGGGAUAAAGAGUCACCUUGCCUAGUCCCCUCGUUGAUAGGAAGAACUCAAACGGUUAUCAUUCAUAAGAACCGAGAAAAACGAUGAGUCAAGCAUUCCUUGAUCCAUCUUAUCCAUCUCGGAUCAAAACCCAUAUUUUCGAAAAGCGCAAGCCACUCUAUGAUAUCAUAGGCCUUCUCCAUAUCAACAUUUAGAACCAUAUAAUCCUUCUUAACUUUAGUUUUAAUUUUUAGGUAAUGCAUUCAUUCAUGUCUUGGUAAGACAUUAUCCGCAAUCUGGCUUUCCCGAAUGAAAACAUUCUACCCUGGCGAAAUAAUCUGGGGAAGGAAUUGGGCCAACUGUUCAGACAUGAUUUUGGCAAUGAUCUUAUACACGAAUUGACAUAAUCUUAUUGGCCUCAACUAUCUCAUAUUCUCCAUAUUAUCCACUUUGGGAAUUAAAGUCAACCAAGUGUGGUUGAAGCUUCACAACAUUCAUUCCGUUCUAAAGAAGGAGCAAACAAACCGACUCCCCGAUGAUAUCCCAAAAGGAUCGGAAGAAUUUUCCAGUGAACCAGUCUGAGCCAGGUAUUUGUGGACCAAAUUGAAAAGACUGUUUGCAAAAUUUCAAGAGUCCGGACUUUGACCGUCAAUAUCUAAUUCAUAUAAUUUGUAACUGUCCUAUCCAUCGCGAGGUCGGCCACACAAGCAGCCGUAUUCCCCAUCUAAAACUCAUAGAUGAACAGAGAAAUUAAUAGCAAUGUAUGCCUUCCCUUUUUCUCCGUUAUCCAGUGCCCAUUAUCAUCAAAUAAACCUGCCACCAAAUUCCUCUUCCUCCUAGUCUUAGUGACUGUAUGGAAGUACAAAGUAUUUUGAUCACCUUUCUUGAGCCAUCUUACCCUAGAUUUUCUACUGCCAUUAAAUUUUCUCUGCCUCCCAUUAUCGACAUAGAUCAGUCUCCAGGUCUCGCACCGCAUCCCAAUUGAUGGGUUGGACUUGUUUUAUCCGAUCUAUCUCUGCAUUGAGGGUUUUGAUAUUCCGCAAGGAAUACGUCGUGCCCGCUCUACUCCAGUCAUACAAGAGGUGGGGGAAAUUUUAGAGCAUGUACAUUGGAGAUCAUUGAAUUUGUUCAUUCCACACAUAAGUGACCAUAGCACGUACCUUCGGAUUAUCUGCCCAAUGAGAAUCAAAUUAGAAGAGCAGACGACUAUAACGAGUGUAGGGUUUAUCCGACAAUAACAGGGCUCAGUGAUUAGAUCCCUUAUCCGUGAAAUGCUUCACUUGAGUGUCUGGGAAUUGAUCGACAUAAGACUGAUAAUGAAGGGCUCAAUUUAGUCUCUCACAAAUACAAGCCUGACCCAUCCGCUUAUUAGUCCUAGUUAACUGGUCACCUUGGUAACCUAGGUCGUGGAGACCCAAAUUUUGUAAAAAAUCCCUAAGAGCCAUUAAACGAGCAAGAUUCCACGGAUUACCACCGUCCUUCUCAUUUUUUCCAGGACCGUAUUGAAAUCAUCGAUUACCAUGCACUAUACUUGGAUUUCUUCCCAAAAAUAUUGCAGGUGCUCUAGCUGGUCAAAUCGAGUCGUCUCAAUACUCAGGUAAACAAACACAACCUUAUAAGAAAAAUCGUUCACAUGAGGAUCUUGAACGGGUUGUAGGCUUAAUUAAAAUAUUGGGUAGGCUUAAUUAAAAUAAUUAGUCUACGUCCCAAUAGAAUUUUCUAACUUUUCAUUUCUUUUGAAUUGAGACCUUCCCGUUUCAUUUCUUCACAUGAUGCAUUUUGUUUCUUGCAAUUUGGAAUUGUCAUUCCAUGUAUUGUUUGAUCCAAGUAAUGCAUUGUUUCAUGAAAGAAGGCGACUCUUCAUGAAAUGAAAUUGGUGGUUAGAUAUGGAUAAUGGCCACAUUUGGAAUUGGCAGUUAGCCACCAAAAGUUUCAAUGAAGCAAUACAAUGCUUCGGUUAUUGUCUCUAUUUAUAAAGGGAUCGGUUUUUGUGAAAGGACACACACCAAAAAAAUUCAUUCUUUCUUCCAAUAAAUCCUCCAGGUAAACUUUAGGCUCUAAAGCCCGAAACCUAAAAUGUUGAUAUUUUUAUCCUACGAAGAAAUUUUCUAUAACCCAAGGCUUUGUAGAGGGUAGAAAUAUUCUUUACGCAAAGUGAACAUAGUUCACGACUCUAUCAUAAUCCUAGUCACCCAGUCUUGGGCUAUCAUACGUGUACCCUCGUCCCUAAAGUCCCAAUAAUCGUAAUGAAUAGGCUCCGGUACGAUGGCUCAACCGCUCUUUACAAGCAACCGGCUCCGGUCUACGGAAAAUUUGAGAAUUUUCGGUGAUGAGUAUUUCAUCGAUGGUAGUAGAAGAUGUGUUUUAUUCGUACUAGUCUCAUGGUGUAUUCCAUAUCCGGAAGGUAACUUGGAAGAGGGAUGAUUCGAAGAUGCGGAAGAAGGCGAAUGCUUCGUAAAAUAAAGAAAUAAGAGAAUGACAACUACCUUUGUGUAGGUCUCUUACUCAAUGGUGUAAUUUAUCUGAUUCUCUAUUUUGACAUUUCCAAAUUCUUAGACAAAUUUGAUUUCUCUAAGUGGUUUGAUGGUGUAAUUUUUUCUAGUGGUUUAUGUUAUUUUAAACCAAAGAGAGAAAAGUGUAUAUAGAAUGUUUGAUGAUUCUGGUAAUAGAGUCGUCAUAUGUUUGUAUGUAGAUGACAUACUUAUCUUUCGGACCAAUCAAAAUAAUGGACUUUAUGGAGAAAAAAUUGUCAUUUUAAACUUCCCAAGGGGACGUGGAGAGACAAAUGUGGUUCUGUGUAUUGAAUCAAGCGAAAUGACAAAGAAGAUACCUUCCUUCAAUUUUUCUGCAUCCAGAAGGUGCUUGCUAAAUUCCAUAGUGGAAGUUAUCGUGAGUUAAAAAAUCCAAUGAAUCCAAGUAUGGAACUUAUUGUUAAUACUGGCCAACCAGUUUUAUAACUGGAGCAUUCCAUGUUAAUUGGGUGCUUGAUGAAUGCAAGACCAGAUAUCGUAUAUGCGGUAUGACAUUUAAGUCGGUAUUUGAGUAAUCAUAGUGCUCAUCAUUGGCAUGAAAUGAUGCAUGUACUAGGAAAUCCUAAGGCACAUUGCAUUAUGGAAUGACUUAUAGUGGAUUUAUUAAUGUUAGUUGGAUUUCUCAUGUUAAAGGUGAUACUUUAACAUCGUGAUGAGUCCUCUUGCUUGACGGAGGUGCCAUCUCUUGGAUCUGUAAAAAGCAAACUUACAUCAUUGGUUUCACUAUACAGUCAAAAUUGUGUAAUGGUUGAGAGGAUUGGUUUAUGAUAUUCGUUCAUGGCCUAAACAAAUCUCACUUUAUUACUAUCUCUUUGUAGUAAUGUUACUUUGAAUAAGGCAUAUAGCCAAGUGGAAAGUGGGAAGUACGGUCAUGUCGGAUUUAUGCAAGGUAAAAUCUAUGAAUUGAUCACUCAUAGAUUUGUGUAAGUACAAAUAUGACCGGACUAGAGAUAAUUUAGUUGAUCAUUUGACGAAAUGAUUAACUAAUGACUUGGUGGUCAAGUCUGUAAAAGGGAUGAGUUAAAAGUCCAUAUAAUUUCUAAUAAUGGGACACCUAAUUCCCCUCUAAUACAACGUUAGAGGCUGAAUUCAAUGUGGAAAGCUCAUUAUCAUAAAUUGAAGCACACAAUUUGUCGUCCCGAAGUAUAUGCUUGUUAUCAUGCAUGAGAGAAGAGGAUGAAGUUCAAAACUUCUUAAUUGAAUAUUUGAAAAAGUGUAUUAUGCGGGUACACGAAUAAGAGAUUCAACCUACAUAAGCAUGAGGUGUAACCGCUUGAAGAAACCCAGACUUUGGUUUCGUGGGCGCUUAUGAGAAUGAUUGGACAUAUGGCGAGUAAUAGUGUCAAGGCACUUAGAAGUUUGUAAAACUUAAGUGUAUAUUAUCUUCGAAUAUCCAUAUGAGUAGAUAGGUUCAAUCGUUACCGACACCCAAAUAUUUGGAUAUUCGUCAAGUGUAAUAUACUAAGAUGAAAAUUCAAUCAUCAAGACAUUUUCAUUUAUGCUUUAGUUUUGUUGAAGGAUGUUUUAAUUUUAGUGGAUUCUUGGAAUACACUAAAAUGGGGGAGGAAUGUUGGAAAUUUGGUUGAACCAAAAUAACUGGGUCAAACCGGUUUGGGGUUAGACUAAGUUGGUUAAAUUAUUGGGUAGGCUUUAUUAAAAUAAUUAAUCUACGUCCCAAUAGAAUUGUCUGAUAGACCAUUAAUUACACAUGUUUUUACCCCUAUUCUUUAGCCGUUUGAGACAUUGAUUCUCGUGUUUUAAGCCGAUUUCACGCUAGGUUGUGCGUUUAUGUAAUAUUUCAGGGCUUAGCGUUGGCAUCAAGGCGAAAGAACGAGAUUCGGGUCGAAAGGAGCAUGUGAGGUUUGAAGUGUGCUGGAGAGCAAAAAUACCCGGCCACGAUCAGAAAUACCCUGCUGAAUAUUAUUUGACGACGACCGGGGAUCUGACGCAUUGGGCGUCUUUGAGAAACAGAGGGGGGCUCGGGCAGGAGGCAAAAAUCCCCGGUCGGAGAUUCUUGGCAAUGACCGGGGAAUUCCCCUUGUUACCCGACGGUGCGUUUUGCACAUACCCGGUCGCCACCCAAAAUAUCCGACCGGGUAUUUGGGCCGGGGAUCGCGACAAACAGAUUCAUAAGGGAAAAGAAGGCUAAAAAUCAAAGGUUCCGAAUUUUAUAGAGACAUAGCGAUUCCUAGAUAGAGAGAGCGACGAACCAGAGUUCCCAAGUGCCCUAGCUUGAUCUUCAUCACCAUUGGAGCUCCGCUCACACUUGGAGAAGUGCCGAUUGACGACCAGGAGCAGAAACCCAUCCUUCAUAGUAUGGUUUCCGCGUCUGAACUUGCUUUUGCUUCUCUCUCCAUGGAGUAACUUCCUCAUUCAUCUGGGUAUGGAGAACCCUAUAUUUGUAUGUUAGGUCUGAUUGUAUGAACCCAAGUACAGAUUCUAUGAUUUGAUUAUAUUCAAUUGAGGUUUGAAUGAUUGAAUGACAUGAAUCCUGAUCAAAUUCCUGGUGUUUCCUGCUUUAACCUAGAAAGAGAAUAUCUGCCUAGGUUGAUAGAGCACCCUUAAUUGAUGGUAGUGAAUUGGCGACUUUAGUCGAGGAGCCAAUUCACUAUUCUGUACCGAAUUUACUUCGGUAGUGGAGGUUUGGUUCGUUAGGGCCUCAAUCUGUUUACUCCGGUGGAGGUUAGUCGCCCGCUGGGGACUCAUAUUGAGAGGGUCUGGAGACCUUUAGUCGAGACUUCAGACUGCUUAAGAACCUCCCACAGUAUAACUAUCAGUAAAACUGAACUUGGUAAAUUGCAAUCCGGCUUAACUGCAGUCUAGGGGGAACCAUAUCCGGGUGACCUCUCUCGACUUGAAAACAACCGUUUAAUUGCUUGCUUGUUUGCUUGUUUGAACCUGCACUAAAGUUUCACCGCUAAAUAAUAAGAAUUCGCUGAGUAGUCAUCACAUCUAGGACCCGGGUUGACAUUAAAACCCAAACCCGCUAUACUACGCUUUAGGAAGUGGUUAAACUUGACCAUUUUCUAGAGUAAUGGUAGGAGCGAGUCAAGUUUUUGGCGUCGUUGCCGGGGACAGCUAGGUUGUUGAAGAAACGUGAAUUCUGUUAAUUUAGCUUUUCGUUUUAGCAUUGUUUGCUUUGUCCCACUUGUGCCUUCACGGGUUUGCUGCUUGACUGUGUGCAGGUAGUGCAUGACCUGUAGCCAGUCGGGAGGUUUACUGCCGUUGGAUCCGGAGCUUGAACGCACCAGCAAGUGGAUUUCAAAGAGGAGUGGCGGCCGAAGCAGCUGGUGGCUAAGCCUGCACGGAAGAAAGGUGGAGACCACUAUGAGCUGGUUCCACCUCCUGCACCACGACCACCCUGGCCAUCCGAGUACUCACUCGCCUGCAUCUUGCCGGAUGGCUAGGUCGAGCUGACCAAUGCUGGUGGUCGCACCCGUCUGGUGCAUGGCCACAAUCUGAAGCUAUACCUCAAGAGCGAUGUGGAUCCUCUCUUGGAGGCGUCCGUUCCUGCACCCCGCUGAGUAUCCACCAUGGGCGUCCAGCUAAAAGACGGUAAAGAAGCGCUUGUGGGGAGGCAACCCCACCACGGUUUGCAUUUCUUUUUCCCUUUUUCUGUGUUGUUGUGUCGUGUUGAGUCAAUUGCAUGUCUGUGUUGAAGUUAGGUCGUCAGGAAUAUCUCGGUUUGGUGUUUUCGUGCAGGAGAGGUUGAAAUUUGGGAGAAUGGGAAUUUUGGCCGGAAAGGUGAAAUACCCGGUCGUGAGCCAAAAUACCCGACCUGGUAUUUUUGGCCCAAGGCCGGGGAUUUCCCAGGAUUGUAACGCCGCAUUUCAGAGACCCCCGACCUGGACCCAAAAAUACCCGACCGGGUAAUUUUGGCUCAAGGCCGGGGAUUUCCAAGAGCAUGAAACGCGACGUUUUACAAAAAACCGGUCGUGGACUCAAAAUACCCGAUCGGGUAUUUUUGAGUCCCGACCGGUGAUUUUUGCUAUUUAAGCAAACCCCCAGUCAGUUUUCUCUCUCUACCCUCAUUUUUUCCAAAUUUUCCCUCUCCUCCUCCACAAACCCUCUGCCUUCUCUCCUCCUUUGCCUCCCGCCGGCCGCUCCACGCCGCCGCCUGCCGCCUCCUGCCGAUUGACCGCCGUCGCCCACCGCCGCCCGCCGCGGCCGCCGCCCCUUGUCACCGGUCACUUUCCAGCGACCUUCCGGCGGGUUUUCCGGCGACUCUCGGCCAACUUUCCGGCGAGCCUCCCGGGUCAUUUUUUACCCUUUUUCGCGUCCCUCACCCGUUCUUUUUUGCAUCCUAACUACAGUUCUACUUGAGUUUCCAGGUGUGCUUCUUGUUUACUACUCUUUUUCUGGAAAAUUGAACUGUAGAUUGUAGGAUCGAGAACUGUGAUUGCCUGACAUGCUUGAAUUAGAAUAGGGUGAGGGAUGCCUUGUGUAUGAUUGGUAAUGGCUAUUGUGUGUGUGCUGCCUGGAUGAUUCAAUUGGUGGGUUGUGUUUGCUUCUUGCCUUGAUUACGGUUGAGUUGCUUGCAAUUCAACUAGUUAUGCUUAAACUGCUAGCCUAGGUGAUCCUUAUGUGUGGGGGAAGUAAUGAACCCAUACUGUUGGUCCUGACAAGUUUUUCUUGGAUCCACCUUUGGUUUGCUAAUUUUGCAGGAGAAUGUCACUCGACCAUCCAUUUGUGCAGGACCUGAGCCUGCACCGGGAUUACGCGGACAAGUUCCGCAAGGUUAUCCGGGGGAAACUUGAGCGCCACCACCAUCUAGAGUGGGCAGUUUUCGAGCAGCUCCCCUGCAUAAAGGAGCUCUCCUCCGCCAUCAGCCACCGGGAUUGGCGGACUUUGCUGACGAUCGAGGAGCCCACCUACAUCGAGCUGGUGUGGGAGUUCUACACCACGUUCCAGUACCGCCCCAAGUCGGCCCGGGACUCCUACGCGGUCACAUUCAGGCUGGGUGGCCGCCCACGGGAGCUGACUAUAGAUGGGGUGGCCUACGGCAUGGGGAUCGAGUACCACCCGUUCUCCCGCCACGAGGUCGAGGUCCCAAACCUGACAGACUGGAACAUGGAUGAGUUCUACCGGCGGAUAGCCCGGCGCGCCUAUGGGUACGACUACUUUGAUGCUGGCCAGAAAUCUGUUCGCACCCUGAAGCCGCAAUGGCACAUUCUGAACCUGCUCAUCACCCAAUCCAUUGUCCCUAACGUCACUGGCUCCCACAAGAUCCCGAAGCGGGUACUGUACGCCAUGUACUCGAUGGGGGACCCAGAUCACAUGCUGCAUUUGGGUUCCUUCGUGGCCACCACAUUCUCUCGAUGCCACGGGAAGCCCAACUAUCUCUUUUGUGGUCCCCUGAUCACCCGCUUGGCGCGCCAUUUCGACAUCAGCUUCGAUGGCCUCACCGAGUCUACUAUACGGGAUGGCUCCACCCCCCUCAGCCGAGACGUGCUCCACAAUGCACUCCUCAUGGCUACUGACGGCACCCGCUCCUGGGUAGAUGGGCUAUCCAUGCCCCCUGAGGAGGAUGCGGAUCUCGAUGAGGACGAGGAGGAUGCUGAUUACACCGGCGAGGGGGAGGAGGAUGAUGAUGAUGAUGGCGGGGCCAUGGAUGCUGAUGAGCCGGAGCCCCCACUCUCUCCACCAAGGGACCUUUGGCCACGACGGAGAUUAGAGAGAGGCGAGUCCUCCUCCGGUCCUUCUGUUCCGUCGAUGGCUUCUUGCCCGUCGUUGGACUUCUUCACAGAGCAGUUCCAGCAGAUGGGGCUCCAGUUCCAGCAGCUCGGCCUUCAGUACCAGAAGCUCAUGGACCAUCAGGUCCAAUUUUACCAGUAGUAUUCGGCCCACCAUGCAUAGUACCAGUCCAGGAUGACGGUCGUCGACGAGCGCCUCGACCGGAUUGAGGCCCAGAUGGAAGUCACUGGUGCUCUCAUCGAGCGGGAGCGGGAUCGUUGCCGCCGAUAGAUGGAGUACUCGAAGCACCUGCUCCAGACUUGUCACCCACCGGAGGAGCACCACUGGACCACCCAGUGGGAUCACUCGCCACCGUGACCAUCAUCACCACCACCACCAGAGGGGGUCGACGAUCUCAUGGACCAUAUUGACUUCACCGAGCUCGAGUAGGCUGUACUCGUAGCCCCAUUUUGUGUUGUUUUCCAUUCUGUCAGAAUGCAAACUGUCUUGUGUGUUGGUUUAUUUUCUUUUCUUUCUUUUGAUUUUGGAUGAUGUACUAUUGGACUGACCAUUGGACCUAACGUACUGUGUUUGAGUUCUUUUGUUCCCUUUAGCUGUGCUUUGUCCCUGACUGGUCCUUCUCCAGUCCGCUUCACUCAGACUAGUCCCUUUCCAGUCUCAUGCAGUCCGUGCACACCGGUAACAUCGUUCCCCUUAUCCUUCCCUCUUCUCCAUUGAGGGCAAUGUCAAUCUUAAGUGUGGGGGGAUGUUUCUCUUUUGACUGCAUUAGAUCUGUUUGUGUGCUUGGAGCCUAGUCCACUGUCCAAAUUUUUACAUUUGAGGGCUCCAAGUACGUGUUUCCUUGAAAAUUACCUGCUCAGUAUGCUUUGAAUUGACAGUCUCUAUAGUAAUGUGCAACCUAGGGAGGUAGUGUAGCACUAUGGAGGAUGUUGAAGUAUAAGAUUUUUCCUAUCUAGCUCUCUGCUGUGCCAGUUGAUUUUGUGAAUUAGUGGAGAUAGGACCGUUGAAUUCAUGUGAUAUUGGUGACUCUAUUUGGAUUGUGUUGUGGACUCGUGUAUCGAACAGGGUGCUCAUGUGAAAAAUGAAAUGCAGUUGGUCCUCCAUGUCAAAAUCAUUAAAUCUUAAACAGAGGG